GUUGGGAAUUGUAGUUCUCUGACAGGCAAUGUUUCUGGUGUAAUGUUAUUUAAUUUGCAGGAACACUGACUGUUUUUUACGAGCACGUUAUCAAAUUAAAAAGCGCCGUCUCUCUCUGCUCCCAACCCCUAAAUUUCAUGCCAGAGAAGCGGGACCCUCAGAACUACAUUUCCCAUACUGCGCCGGGCGAGAGGCGACUGAUACGUGGCUUUCGUGAAGGAGACUCGCAGACAGAAGAAACAUGGAGCUGGAAGCAAUGACUCGAUAUACCAGCCCGGUGAACCCGGCUGUCUUCCCUCACCUCACCGUGGUCCUGCUUGCCAUCGGCAUGUUCUUCACUGCCUGGUUCUUCGUCUAUGAGGUGACCUCCACCAAGUACACGCGUGAUAUCUACAAGGAGCUGCUCAUCUCGCUGGUCGCCUCGGUCUUCAUGGGCUUCGGGGUGCUCUUCCUGCUGCUGUGGGUCGGCAUCUACAUUUGAGGAUGCUGGAGGACUCUGAGAGAAGGGACGGGGCUACACACAACAGCAACAUUCUGGCGGCGUGGACUUCAACAUUGACAUUUCUCAUUGCAGCUGUUUUUCACAGAUUCUGUACAAACUGCACUGACCUGGGAGGGGAGCCGUCCAACAAAUAAACACAAGAUUUUCUAAGGAAA